AUGCCGACAAAAUUUUGCUUGCUGGUAAUAUUUUCUAUCUAUCUAUCUAUCUAUCUAUCUAUCUAUCUAUCUAUCGCAGUUUAUAUCUAUCUGUCUAUCUAUCUAUCUAUUAUUUUGAAUGCUGGUAAUAUUUUUUUUCUUUCUAUCUAUCUAUCUAUCUAUCUAUCUAUCUAUCUAUCUAUCUAUCUCAGUAAAUAUUGGUUAUUUAAUGCCGACAAGAUUUUUAUUGCUGAUAAUAUUUUUUCUUUCUUUUUUUCUUUCUUUCUAUCUAUCUAUUUAUCUAUCUAUCUCACCUUUCUUUCUCCCUUUCUUUCUUUCUUUCUUUCUUUUUUAAACUUCUUUUUCUUCUUCCAACUUUCGUUUUCUUUAUUGGUUUAUGUUUUUUUUGGUUUCUUUAUAUUAUUUUCUCGUUUUCUUUUUUUUAUUCUGUGUGCAUUUUCAUCCCGUGUUUUCCUUGUUAUUUUCAGUUUUCGCGUUUCUUUCUUUCUUUCGUUUCUUCUUUAUCCUUUAUUUUUUCUUUUAGUUUUUUCUUUGUUACACUUUCUUAUUAUUAUGUCACAAUGUCUUCAUUUUCUUUCUUUCUUUUACUCUUUUAUUCGUUUUUACUCCAGAGUCCAGAUAUCUUUCAUUUUCUCUUUUCUUCCUUUUAAAUCCUAA